AUGGCGGUCAUCGUUGAUAAUGUCAACUUGUCCGUCCGUGUGUCACUGACAGCAUUGCGACUGGUCGGCUUCUGGGCGCCUGAGGGACUAACUAAGAACGGGAAAUGGUGGUACAAUGCAUAUGGUUUUUCCUGCUUUAUGUUUCUUUUGGGCACAUAUAUUAUAAUCCAAGUUGUGGAUUUAUUUUUGAUCUGGGGCAACCUACCGCUCAUGACGGAGACGGCUUUUCUGCUGUUCACAAAUUUGGCGCAGGUCGCCAAGUUCGUUAACCUAGCGGUGAGGGAGAGGAUGAUAAGGUUGAUCAUUAAUGAUGCUGAUCAGAUUCUGCGAAGAGAGAAUACAGAAGAAGGGAAAAAUAUUGUGAAGCAAUGCAAUCGUGAGACUGCGAUAUUUCAAUUCUUUUAUAUGUGCAUAACGCUGGUGACGAUGCUCGGGUGGGCCUUCAGUGCUGAAACGAACAUGCUUCCUCUUCGCGCUUGGUACCCAUACGACACUCGUCAAUCUCCGGCGUACGAGUUGACGUACUUGCACCAGGUGGUGGCGCUGUAUGUUGCGGCCAACCUGAACGUAUGCAAGGACUCCCUGGUGACAACUCUGCUGGCCCAGUGUCGCUGCCGUCUACGUCUCCUGGCCCUCGCCUUGAGGACUCUGAACAAGGAUUUAGAUGUUAAGGGAGAUAGGCUCACGGUAGAGCAAGAGGCGAUAGUGUCAGCUAGACUCCGUGAUUGCGUAGUGCGCCACCAGGCAGCGCUGCACGCAGCGGUGCAGCUGCAGACCUGUUUCUCAGAACCAACCUUCGCACAGUUCACGGUGUCUCUUGUCAUCAUUUGUGCAACAGCUUUCCAGCUAGUCUCUCAAGUUGGCAACGUAGUACGCUUGUUGUCUAUGGGGACGUAUCUACUUAACAUGAUGUACCAGGUCUUCAUCUACUGCUACCAGGGGAACCAAUUGUCUGAAGAGAGUGUAGGCGUUUGUGGCGCCGCAUACGCCGCUCCGUGGCACACGUUCAGCGCGCCGCUGCGCCGCUCUCUGCUCUUGGUGAUGUCGCGCAGCCGCCGCGCCGCUCGCAUCUCCGCUGGGGGAUUUACCGCGCUUUCGCUCGCAUCGUUCAUGUCUAUAAUCAAGGCGUCAUACUCUUUAUUCACAUUGCUGCAGCAAGUUGAAGAAAAAAUACCACUGACCUUGUUCUUAGUGUUAGGAUUGUGGGCACCGAACCACUUUCAAGGGUUACGAAAGUGGCUAUUUAAUAUUUAUACCUUUUUCUCUUAUAUGUUCUUAGUGGGCAUUUGCAUCACUGUACAACUUGGCGAUCUUUACCAAGUGUGGGGCAAUGUACCUCUGAUGACAGCCACCAUGUUUCUGAUCUUCACCAACCUUGCUUUCAGCGGUAAAUACAUAUAUAUUAUAUUAAGAAAGACACAGAUACAAAGCAUAAUCGCUGAGGUGAAGGAGGAAUUGGAUGCAGAGUCUAGAGAUGAGGGAAUAAAAGUUAUUAAAAGUUGUAAUCGUGAGACGACUAUCCAAUAUUACGGAUAUAUCUGGCUGUGUUACGUUACUAUACUGGGCUUGGCUCUUAGUGCCGAGAUGAAUCAACUACCUUUGCGAGCUUGGUAUCCUUAUGAUGUGUCUAAGACUCCUGCCUAUGAAAUUACGUACUCGCAUCAGUGCAUAGCACUUCUUCUUGCUUCAGCACUGAACGUCAGCAUCGACACGUUGGCCACGACCCUCAUCUGCCAAUGUCGCUGUCGCCUGCGUUUACUAGCUCUAUCCCUCACCACGCUUUGUGAUGGCGCACUGGUGGAAAAUAAGAGUCAUGUUUCAUGUAAUGAAGAGGUAGUGAUGUCCCGCCUACGUAAAUGCGUCCAGCGCCAUCAAGCGGCGUUGGAGUACGCUCGCCUCUUGCAACUCUACUUCUCAGCACCGAUCUUUGGCCAGUUCUUAGUAUCUGUACUUAUUAUUUGUGCGACUGCUUACCAGUUGGCUUUUGAGUCAUCGAGCUUAGUACGAAUUUUUACUAUGAUAACAUGUUUACUAGACAUGAUGCUUCAAGUUUUUCUUUACUGCUACCAUGGAAAUGAACUCAUUCAUGAGAGUGAGAAUAUAAAAGAAGCAGCGUACGCGUGUCCGUGGUACUACUGCAGCGUUCCUGUGCGGCGCAUGUUGCUACUCGUGACCACCAGAAGCUAUCGACUUGCUAGGCUGCGGGCGGGAGGGUUCACUGAACUCUCCCUCAUUUCAUUUAUGGGUAUAAUCAAGGCUUCUUACACAUUCUUCACAGUACUUCAACAGGUGGAAGAGUAAAGAAAUUCAUAA